CUGUCACAGACCUUUUGAGAUCUCUGAUUUACAUUCUAGUGUAGCAAUAUUUGAUAAAUCCAGUGACUCGUUAUUAGGUAUCUAAUGGCUAAAUCUGUUACAACAUAUGAGAAGCCAACACCGCAUAUCACCUUGCCGGAUUGGUAUGCCAAGCAAUGGGAGCUCCAGCAAAGUGCUGACACCAGAAGAAGUGAUGCAUUCGAUUUACGAAAUGCAGGGCGUCAAAUACGCUCAGAAACCAAAAUUAAAACAGAAUGGGAUACAUACAUGAAUAAUACCAGACUGGCUGAUAGAGUGACUGAACUAUCCCGAUGGCGUGAGCUUACUGAUAAACAACUCCAGAGCUUAAAUCGAGAGAUAAAUCUUCUCAAAGAUGGGCGUAAUGACACUGAAAAAGAAUUGGAAAACUUGAACUUACCGCUACAAGUCACAGCCGAGUGUAUCUCUAUGAGAGAUUGUAGGAGAGGGACGGAAUUAACUUAUGACGAGGCGAAUGAUGAGUUGAAAAAAGAGCUCUGUGUCAUCGAAGGCGUUAAACAAUUACUAACAAAUAGGGUUCAGGCUGCAUGGGAGAAACUGAACCGUUUGGAAGAGGUCAAGUUCAAACUUGGAUUAGAUUUGCAGGACAAGAUUGAUGCUAUUGAGAUUGAUACAGAGAAUUUAAACUUGAAUCGCACCAGUGCAAGUAUCAGUUACAAACCAAAUGCUUUGCGAACACCAAAAAAAACUAUAUCAUACGAGGCUUGGUUGGAUCAUUGCCGUUAUUCCAAACUUCUAGCUGAUAAUGAAAUGAGUGAUACAUACAGUUUUCGAGAAGCGAUGCAAACUGUCAGAGAAAGAGCUCGAAAUGAUAUAAGGGCACAACAAGAUGUCACAGAUUUUACAUUGCGAAAGAGAAUAUAUGAAACGCAGAAAGCUCGGAAUGAACUUGAUUGGCAAAAAAUGAAAAUGCAAACUGAAAUGGAAAGAAUGUUAAAAGAGAUUUCAAGAUUGGAAGAUGCUCUCUUGGCUAAGACUGAUGCAAUUAAAUGUGCUGAGACAAGACUGGAAAGCCGGACAUACCGUCCUGGGUUUGAGCUAUGUAGGGAUGAAGUUGAAUUAGGUCUCAAAGAUGAAGUUCUGCAAUUGAAACAGACUAAAGAAGAUCUCACUGCUAAAAUUAAUUGCGCUAAAGCAACAUACAACGGCUUAGAAUCCUUGCUCAUCCAGAUUGAUAAGAACUUGGAUGACAAGCAACAUUCUCUAAUGACUGACAUUAUGUGUUUGGAUUUAAGAGCUAGAUUAAAAACAGGUGAUCGUGCACCCUUGGCGAAUGAAACUGACCGCAAUAUUAUGCUUACACGCAUGGAGCAGGAAAUACCAAUUGAACCAUAAUUGUCACACGGAAAUUUUACAGAUUUGAUAGUCCUAUACCAGCACUUUUGUAGCUUAACCGUUUUACUCGUAUAUUAAAAAUGUAUUUCAAUGAAUCUAUUACUGUUUUAAAGCAGUAGUGAAAAUAAAAAACAGUAAAAUCAA